AUGAGCAAAUCUGAAAAUAGAGAUUUCAAUGCUUUUUAUGGUAUCGAGUAUUUGAACAACCAUUUCGCAACAACAACAACGGUCGAUGAUUGCACUUCUACCUUUAUAUUUAAAUCUGCAUUACCUCAAUCAAUAUUAACAUUAUAUCAAGGAGCAUCUUCAUUCACGAUAUUAGGUGCAUAUGGCACUGGCAAAACAUUAUUAAGAUGUGAAUAUUUUAAAACUUUAAAUGCUGAUCAUUAUUUAAAAGUCUUAAUAUUGAACAAAGAAAUUACCGAUUAUAUAGAACGAUUUAUAGCAAGCAAAAAAUGGAAUUCACAAUAUUGUGCAAAUCAUAGUUGCUUAAAAGAUUGGUCCGGUGAUGAAUUUGCUCAGUUAAUGCUAUCAAUUUUAGUAACGAAAUUUAUUGAAAACUAUUCACAAACAGAAAUAAAGUUUAUAGAUAUACCAAUCGAGAAAAAAAUCCAUUUGGUAACUAUCAUAUGUUAUUACUAUAAUGGAGAUAGUAUUAGCCAAUUAGAGAAUUUUGUAAAUGGAUUUUUGGGAAAAUUUGUAAAUACGUUUUUUGGAACAACUUACACAGCAUCCUCAUAUAAAGCAAGUAAAGCUCAUGUACAAAUUUCAGAAAGGAAUAAACCAUUACUAACUCAUCUUCAAAAUGAUUUAAAUGAAUUUGGUACUCUAAAUAAAAAUGUUGGAAAACUUCAUUUAUUAUUAGCUAUUAUUGAAGGUGAAGGCUUUGAAUAUGAGUCAAUACAGAAAACAAUGUUGGGUCAUGUAAUAAGAGAUUUAACAGAUUUUUCAUCAUUUAUUACGAAACAUAUGGAAAAGAUACCUGUAUUUAUAAUUGAUGGUAUUGAUGAAAAUCAAUAUUUGAAUCCAAAUAAUGAAGUGAAUAAAAUAUCCUUUGAAUCGUUUUAUCGUUCAUCUGUCUGCGAAAAAAUUCUUUCAUUAACUAUGACUAAUUAUUUUUAUUUAUCAUUAUUUUAUCCAAAAAUAGAUGGAAUUAAUAUACUUGAUGCUAUUGUUCGACCUGAUAAAUUUCCAACAUAUACACUAACAUGGAACUCAAAAUCAUUAUACAAUUAUGCUGAUUAUGUUCUUCAAAAAUUAAAUAAAAAUGCUUCACGAACUCGUUGUAAAGCAUUUACAGAUUUCAAGACACUUGUUAAUUAUGAAGAUCAGCGUAUAGCUGAAAUUAUUGAUGAAAUACAAACGCCAAGAGAACUUCAUAUGUUUAUGAUGGAAUUGAUAACACAAAUGAACCACGACGCAAGUAACGUUGAACGUCUAUUUCCAGCAACAGAGAAAAAUGUUCGAAAUGCCUUUGAAAAAUCUCUUGGGCUUUAUUAUAAGUAUGAUGAAGCUAACGGUUAA